CGAAAAUUGUGUGUUUUCUCUCUCUCUCCCACUCUGUGUGCGUGCGUGCGUGUGUUUUUCAAUUGAGUGAUGACUUCUUCUGCAAGUAUUUCUCUAGACGUUGUGUUUAUCUUCAGUUUGAUUCUCGUUUUGGUUCUCUCUUUCUUAAAGCUGAACGAAUUUUUCGCUUUUUUGAAGUUUCAAUAGAACCUUGAACGGCGCGCAAUGUCCGGAGAGUUGAAGGAAGACGGUGCUUGGGUGCCGUUAACGCCGCCGAAAUCUGCUCCGGCGAGAUGCGAAGCUACUACCAGCUCGGCUGAUAAGGUCUUAAAUCACGUCGAUUUUGGUCGUGAAUUUGGGGUUUCCGCCGGAACCUGCUCCGGGGGAGACCAGGGAGCUGUACGGAAUUCCGAUGGUUCUGUGCUGGAAAUUAGGGCACUGGAUUGUGCAAAAAUUGGUGAGGAUUGUGGAGAAAUUGCUUCCGGAAAAGUUGGUUUCGUUGUUGAUGGAAAUCCAGGCUGCGCCGGCGGUUUUCAGUCGCCGGGGUUACUUGGAAAACCAGAGGCCAUAAUCGGUGGGAUUUCAGAAAAUGGCUUGACAAAAGAUUCAAGUGUGCCGAUGAAUCAAACAUCCAGAAAGAGGAGCAGAAAGGCCAUGGAAUCGAACAAAAAGCCACAAAAGAGACCGAAAAUAAAACGACACAGACCUAAAGUCUUUGACGAAACUAAACCGUUGAAGCCUUUAACCCCUAAACCUCGUACUCCAAAGCGCCCUAAACCAGUGAAAAAACAAAUCCCCAAGCCUGUAGCCAGUCCAUUGAAAGAUCUUCGUAUCGAAGAAGUCAGCGAGUAUAAAAGGAAUGGUUCUUGCAGGCAAAAACUGGAUUUCGAAGUGCAAAACUGCGUUGUGAGUCAGAAUAUUCCUACGGUUUGUGACGGGAUACAAAUCGAACCUGAGGCUGAGCCAAAGCAACAGUCUAGCAGCAGAUUCAGUUCUCCGAUAAUUGUCUACCGAAGAGUAUUCAGACCAAACGAGUGUUUGAAAAACAGUAGAAAGACGGGUCCCAACUGUCCGAAAGUAUUCAAGAAAAAGAGGACGAUGCGGAAAAGGGCAAUCGUGUUCGACAAGUACAUUGGAAUAGUUGGUGGUACAGUUCCACCCCCUCGAAAACGGAGAAGAACAGCAGCAGGGAACGAGCCACUGAGCUUGUGCCACAUGGCAAUACAUUUCAAGAGAAAACCUCGAUCUUUAACACAAAGGCGGAAAUCCCCGAAUGCAUGGAUAUCCGUGGGAAAAGUAUCAAAGAAAGUAGGGCCCACCUUGAAUUUAACAUGGAAGGCUACUUUGAAGAAGAAAAGAUCCAAUAAAUCCACUUCUCGGCUGGACUUAUCAUCGUUCGUUAGUGAUAUUUCUAAGCUCCAACUAUCGGAGGCUUUUCUUUUGAAAGCUUUUAGUAUUAGAACCCGAGAUCGCGACGUGGACAAAUUUGCAGCUUGUGUUGAUAUUCAGGAUAAAGUCAUUCAAGAUUUGGAAACAAAAAAUUCGACUGAGAAAGAGGAAAUUCUGAAGGACUGUGUUGUUGUUUCUUGUAAUAAAAUUUCGACUCAACGAGAGGAAAUUCCUCAGGAUUAUGGGCUUUCUUGUAAUGAAAGCAUUCACAGAUGUCUUGCAGACGAGGUUAUGCUUGAGGUUGAAGCAUAUCCACCUGUGAAUGGUGAAACCUCUGAAGUUAAGUGUGCGAAUGAAACACGAUCGUUUUCCGAUAUUGCCACUCCAAACUUUGAGGGCCCGUGUGAUGAAGAAGAGAAUGUCUCGGAAAACGACAAUCCUUCAGAUGAGGCACUAGCAGAAGCUCUGGCUGAUUUUGCUACGGAGAGGAUGGAGUGUCUGAAUAUCGAAGACCGAUGUAAUGAAAUUGUGGUGAGAGAUCAAAAUGCCAACGGUGCGAUUGUUCCUUCCGAAGGAAAAUUUAAUCCAAUCAAGAAACAACGCAAACAGUGGCCAAAGGUUGAACUCGAUCCAGAGUUUAUGCUGGUGGAAAAAUGUGAGGGUGAAAAAGAUACUGAGCAGCAAGACGAAGAUGUCACGGCGAAAUAUUGGAGGGAGCAGAAAGCACUAUUCCGAGGGCGAGUGGACUCGUUUAUGGCCCGCAUGCGUCUUAUUCAAGGUGACAAGCGAUUCUCCAAAUGGAAAGGGUCAGUUGUUGAUUCAGUGGUCGGAGUUUAUCUUACGCAAAAUGUCAGUGAUCAUCUCUCCAGUUCCGCCUUUAUGGCUCUCAAAGCAAGAUUCCCACCUGCACCCGAGACUGAGCACAAUGACUGUGAAGGGGCAUGUGAUUGUGGUCAUGAUAUUCCGCAAGUGAUAAUAACCGAACCACCCGAACCACCCUCUGACAAAUCUGAAGAAGUUCCGAUCACGGAAAAUUGCCCUUCACCGCCCCCAACAAAUCAGGUGCCGCCAUCUGUCAAAUCCGACGAAUUUCCAAUGACGGACAAUUGCCCUUCACCGCCCCCCACCAGUCAGGUGCCACACUCUGACAAAUCUGAAAAAUUGUCUGAAAAUUGCCCUUCACCGGACCCCUCAAAUCGGGUUGAAUUUGAUCAAGAAAAUGGAAUCGGAACUACACCUUCCUUUCAAACUGAAUCUACACCGGGAAAGAAAAAGGGAAAAGCUAAAGAAAAACCUGAAAUCAAUUGGGAUGAAUUGAGGAAACAAACUUUAGCCGGUAAUUCAAGAAAACGAACAAAAGAUGAGGCUGAUUCCGUUAACUGGGAAGCCGUUAGACAAGCACCGGUUGAAGAGCUGGCCAAAACUAUACUGGACCGGGGCAUGAAUAAUUUACUCGCUGCAAGAAUCAAGGAUUUUCUUGAUCGAAUUUAUAAAGAUCAUGGCAGUAUUGACCUUGAGUGGCUAAGAGAUGCUCCUGAAGAUAAAGCCAAGGAUUACUUAUUGAGUAUAACUGGACUUGGAUUGAAAAGUGUCGAGUGUGUAAGGCUAUUGUCGCUUCACCAUCAUGCAUUCCCAGUCGACACGAACGUUUGUCGCAUUUUGGUGCGUCUUGGAUGGGUCCCGAUGAGACUACCCAAAGAUGUUCUGAUACACGACCUGAAUCAGUACCCAUCGUUAGAUGAUGUCCAAAACUACAUUUGGCCACGUUUGUGUGACUACUCGCAACCCGACUUAUACGAACUCCAUUGUCAAUUGAUUGUAUGUGGAAAGGCACUCUGUACGAAGAGACAACCGAAUUGUAAUGCAUGCCCAAUGAGAGGAGACUGCAGACAUUUUGCGAGUGCGUUUGCAAGUACCAGGUUUCGACUUGAUGGCUCUCGAGCGGAAAAUGUGACAAAUGAAUAUCUAACUGCAUCUAGUCAAGGAAGCUCGAAUAUGAAUACAAGUCAACCAGAGAUCUCCUAUUUAGACGGUGAUUUCUCCACAGACGGGAAUAAAAAUAAUAAUACUUGUAAUUCUGAGCCAUUUAUAGAAUUUCCAGAAUCUCCAAAGGCCUCUUCUUCUUCUACGGAAUUUCUAGAGAGAGAUAUUGAAGACUUUGGCGAACCCGAUGAAUCUGAAAUUCCUACAAUUAAAAUUAACAGCGAAGAAUUCAUUAGAAAUGUAAGAAGUAUCAUUGGUGAAGACAAUGAGACGUCAAGAGAACUGGUUAUUUUAAGACCUGAAUUUGCAUCCAUUCCCGUACCCAAACUUAAGGAUGUCAAGCGAUUAAGGACAGUUCAUCACGUGUUUGAGCUUCCGGAUACACACCCUCUUUUGUCAGGGUUCAGGAAAGUUGAAAUUGACGAACCCUCUCCUUAUUUGUUUGCAAUGUGGGCAUCAGAUGAAACUCUGAAUUAUUCCCAAGAGUCGAGACAAGAUUCCAACUGCGAGGAGUUAAUAGCAGGAGAAUCCUCUCAACAAAACCAAAAUGACACGAUAGUUCAUGGAACAAUUAUGAUUCCUUGCCGAACAUUUAAUAGAGGAUCUUUUCCACUCAAUGGGACAUACUUUCAGACGAUCGAGGUAUUUGCUGAUCAUAAAUCUAGUCGAAAUCCAAUAGCUGUUCCAAGAAAAUUGUUGUGGAAUCUAAGGAGACGAUUAUUGUAUUGUGGAACAUCAUUAACAUCAAUAUGUAGAGACCUGUCAACGGAGGAACUUCAACAUAUGUUUUGGAGAGGUUUCAUCUGUGUUAGAGCUGUUGACACGAAGUAUGGGAGAGCAAUGCCACUUGCAAAGAGAUUCCACCAUUGCAAAACAAGGCAUAUUGACGACGAAUGAUUGAAUUUAUAUGGAAAAAGAAUAGAGUAAGUAUAUAUUUGACUAUUUUCAGUAUAUAUUUUGCUUUUGUCUAUGAUAAUUGAUACAAAUUCUUGAGACAUUGACCAGCUAUAAAGCUCGUAAUAUUUCCUCAAUUGUAAAUUUCUUACAAAGGAAAUAGGGCUAAUACUUAAUUAGUGCUAAUUAGUGUCGAAUCAAAUCAUGUUUUUUUUUUUUUUUAUGAUGAUUGUUAUUAUUAUUAUUAUUAUUAUUUAUAAUAGUGGGGCUAAUACCGAUUUGAGGAUAAGCCAAUGGAAUGGAGCAAGAAUUUGCCAAGUAAUUUCAAAAUAUUUAUUUAAUUUGGGAGUAUAUAAAAUAAGGUAUACCUCUAAUACGUAAUUAAAUUCAUAAGCAUAUGCUAAUAAAGGUGGUCGCCAAUUGCUAUAGACAAACCGAUUGUUGAUAAAAUGGGGCCCACUGCUGCAUAUCUGGAUCAUGACUUCCUGAAUUUACUAUUCUUAGCCAAUUAACAGAGAAUCGAAUUAUUACCAUUAUUAAGUUGU